AUGGUUAGAGAAAGACUAUCAUUGACUGAUGUAAUCCGAGCAUUAAGCGAAUACCAAGGAGUUAUUUAUGAUAAAGAAGAUGCUCAAAGAUUUUUAAGCUUAAAGAAUCUGGCCAAAGAUAAUUCUCUCAGAUUGAUCUCAUGGCUCUUAAUUUUUGAUAAAAUCAGCACUGAAGAGAAUAGAGCUAAAGAAUUAUAUACGAUUUUCAAAAGAUAUACCGAUGAAUUAUCUAAACAUUUUCAAACCAAUCUUACAAAUCCAUUAGAAUCCAUCAAUGAUGCAAAAAUAAGUCGUGUUAUCAAAGUUGAUAUCGAUAGAAGUAUUGGAAUGUUCAAAAGACUUACAGAGCAGCUUAAUUUGAAUUCAGAUGUUAUAAAAAAUGCUCAUUUACAUGCAGUACGCAUUCUUACACUACUUAUGCUUUCAUACAACGACAUGUCUUACGUACAAGGCUAUGAUCGAUACGUUUUAGUUGUUUACGCAUUAACUUUACUUUUUACUUCAACUCAUGGCCUUCCAUCCGAAUUUGCCGAAGCAUUAACAUUUCAACUUGCACAGGAAUUCAUUCGAUUAUCAAAUCUUACAGGAUUACUUAAAGAUGUUCCUGAUUCUCAAAAUUAUUUCCAAAAAAUGGAUCAGUGCAUCAAGGUUAUGUAUCCAAAACUUACAAAAAGCUUAGAGGGCAGCGAGCUAGGAUCAAUUCAUUACGCUUUAAGGUGGGAAUUGUUAAUGUUUGCAGAUGAAUACAGUGCUUCAAAAUUAUUUCUACUUUGGGAUGAAAUUAUUCUUAACAAGGCAAAUUACAACGAAUUUAUCUUUUAUCUUUGCAUUUCUCACGCAAUGCAGAUUCCUCUUGGAUAUCCAGGUGAAAUACUUAUGGAAAAGAUCCAAACAUACAAGAAUUGGGAUGUGAUCAAAGCUAUUGAUACAACACAUUCUUUAAUGAAGAAACAAAAUAAAAAUAAUUUUUCGAAGGCAAAAGCAUAUAUUUGUCUUGGAGCUGCAUGCGGUUUAGCAUUCUGCUCAUACUUCUUGGCACAUUAA